UCAUAAGCUAAAGCAGACGAUGUCGAUUUCCAUUGUUGAUCUCUGAAGUGUGUCAAUUUCCAGCACGUGGACAAGUCCUCCCACAGAACAGCUGAUAUACCAAGCAUGAUUGAAAUGAGAGCUGAUCAUGACAUAAGCAGUUGUAAAUACGGGUACAAUAUCCCCAUCAUCAACAUGAAGUCCAACACCAAAAUGGCAGGGAGAAGGAAGCAAGCAAUGCCACAAGCGACACGACCAGGAGUACAGUUAUCAGACUGCUAUGACGAGGUACAGAUAUAUCAGAUCAGGCUACCCUUUACGACAGCUAACUGCAGUCACACACCUCAUCCUGCUGUUCCACAUACCAAUAGCAUUGAAGGACAGACAAAGAAGCGGAAAAGAGAACGAAGUCAUCUUAAAAGAUCAAAGCGCCACAAGUUUUCAUUGGACACUCCCCGCAUUGAUACAGAUCUAAGUGAUAUGAGAGGUGUGGAAGAGGAAUAUAUGAAGAAAGAGGAGCGCAGAAAAAGUAUCAGGGAUAAGCUGGAAAGAGGACAAGAAUAUCUGUUUACUAAGUUGGAGGAGCGAGACAUCCAUGAAAGGGCAGAGAUUUACUCCAUGUGUGUAUCCCCUGAUGAAGACUACUACAUCCCCCCUGAGGAACUGAAGCAUGACUCCAUGAUAUUGACCACCAAUGGGUAUGGUCACCACAGAACAUACCAGGUACCGAAAAAACGCAAGCGCAGGAACUAUAUGUCUGAUAGUGUGUACCUUACCUACCACAACGAGAGUGACCCGUACGACAACAGCCAUAAACUACCUAUAGGCAGUAAGCUGAUUCGUCCACCUGACAAGCUGGUAGAACUAGUCGGCCAGGCCAUUGAUGGAAGCCCUGACGGUCUGCUGCAGGUCCCACAGAUCUACACUGUUGUACAAAAUAGAUAUCCAUAUUUUCGGUACAUGGAUCGAGCAGCUCUUGGAAGCUGGAGGAGCUCCAUAAGACACGCACUAUACCAGAAAUGGUUUAGGAAGAUUCGGUUUGGGACUCAUGCCAUCAACACCAAGGGCUGUUACUGGGCGAACAACCACACCUAUGUACCAGUCAACAAGAAGGAGGAGACGGUCCCCCGACGACACAAACCUUCCACUGACAGUGAAUACUCCAGCAAGAAGGAAACUCGAGGGUCAGAAAAACCUGAUUAUGAUGAUUUUGACCUUGACCCUGACACUCAUGACAAAGUAAUAGCUCUCUUGACAGAGGAGGAGGAAAAGGAAUUGGAUCUACAAGGGGAAUAUGGGAAUCUUGAGGAUGUGGUGUGUAUUGCCAAUGAGUACGGGAUAUCUCUGGCAGAGUAUGGCCCUCUAUUAGGUAUGGACAAAGUGCCGACAACAACUUUCACAAGACCAAGCGAUGUGGUGCCCUCACCGGUACGUGACCCUGAUCCCAUCCUGUCUACCUGUGGCCCAGACUGGCAGACGGGCACUAAAGAUCACAUGCUUGCCUCAUCUGGUAAAACAAAAGUUGUAGACUCACCUGCAAUUUUACCUGCAUCUGCCCUGGCAUGGAAUGAACAGCAGCAGACAUUGUACAACAUGAGCUGUGUCCCGCCCAUCUCUACAGGCUCCCAGGACCAGGCCUGUCCAGCACUGACCAGCCCACUCCUCCCCAACAUCAAUCCCGAGAUCCUACGACUGGACUACAGGUUUGACAAUCCUGGAGGUCUGUUGUCAGAUCCACAGAUGGGGAUUGGCCCUGCGUCUCAGUCAUCAGAGGGCUAUCAGUUAUCUCGGGAACCCUACGACACAGAACCAUCAAUGUCAUUUGAUAUAGAACAGCUUCCUGAAAUGUACAAUUCUGAUAUGUUUAUGCCAGAAAAUUGUUUCAGUGAUAUUGGUUAAUAUACAUAGAAUUUUAAAACAAUAUUUUAAAGUGACUAAGAGAUUUCAUAAAAUGACAAUGUGCAAGAAAUGUACAACUUCAGUAUGUUUAUUGCUUCAGUGAAAUCAGUUGGUAUAUACACAUACAAGAUAUAAAGACAUUUCAAAGGGACAAUUAAUAAAAUUAGGGUGUGUAAAAUAAUUAUUUUAAUGGUUGAUUUAUGUAGAUUUAAUAUUUUACUUCUUGCAUGGAUAUGAAGAACUAUUUUGAUAGAGUAAUUUGUGAUCUCCUUUGUUGUAAAUGAUUUUUUAAGUGCAUGUGUCCGUGUAUGAAUCUGUUUACCCUAUGUGAAUAUCUUAUUAUCACGAGUCUAAUUGACACCUUGUUUUAGAAAUUUGACUGAUCCUGUCAGGAAUCAGUUCAGGGUAAUCUAUGACAGUAACAUUAUUUUGUACCAUAAUUUGGCAAUAUUUUUAUUCCACAAUUAGUGCAUUUUGACCGGUGAGAUAUUUUAAUUGUAAUUAUUGUAAAAGUAUACAUAUAUAUGUCUUUGUGAUGUACAUAAGAUUU